CGAUUUAACACUGAUACAUGACAUACCAUGACGGAUAUGGAGGAGGACUCGACUGAGCUCAAAUGUCCGCUCUGUCCUGAAUCCGGUCCUCCGACUGGUCUCAAGAAGAAUGAUCAUGAUGAUGGUGAUGGUAAUGUCGAAGUGACAGUGAAGGACGAAGAUGAGGCCUCAUCUUCCACAGCUCAACAACAACAACAACAUGAUCAGACGAGCGAUACGAGGGAAUCGCCAGAUCUUUAUUGGAUAGAAUGCUCAAGAUGCAAAGAGUGGUAUCAUUCUGUCUGCCUGUUGACAAACAAGGAGCAAGGCAAGCGAUCUGUCCCGGCGGAAAUUAUCGCAGAGGCAGAGGCAGAAGGAGCAGAAGGAGUGUGGUCAGAUUGGACAGGAUGGGUGGAUAGAUGGUAUUGUCCCUCCUGUAUAUCUUGGUCGGUAGAUCCGACAAACGAUAAACGACCCCAUCAUCCCCUCGUCGCAACGCUCAACAAGAGAACCUUUCCUCCGAAGAAGUCGACCCAUAGAGUUGAAAAGAGAUCGUCUGAAAGAACUGCAUCACCAGGGACUACAAGCAAGAAGCCUCGCUUGAGCUCUACCAUUAGCGAUACAUCUGCGAUCAACCAGAAGGACCCUUCAGCCCCCGGGGAUGUCAAAGCUAAAGCCAGACCCAAGCGACAAGCUGCAUUAAAUCGACCGGACUAUCAUGCUCUCCACCAUCACAUCGCGACGCCGACUGCCAAGUGGCUGGAGCUGAUUGCAAAUCCUCAACACUUUGAUGUUGUCAUCUCCGAAGGCAACUUUCCUCGUGUUCCGGCUGAAAUCUUGACCAAAUCAUGGAUUGAUUCCUCGACCUUGCCCUCCCAAGGUGAAUCGUCUUCACAAUCCUACCCAAACCGCCUUCCCCCUUCGCUCUUCUUUGGCCCGGAUCGAGAACCACUCAUCAUCAAACCUGAAGACGGAGGCUUUGAAGGUCUAGGCGGCAAGAUUCCAGGGAAGAACUUUACGGUGGCAGAUGUUGGACGCCUAGUGGGUAUGGACAGGAUGGUCGACGUAAUCGAUGUGGCAUCACAGCAAUCGUCUCAGUGGCCUUUAGCAAAAUGGGUAGAAUACGUCCAAUCGAGAAAGAAUCGUCACUCGGACCCCGGACCCUCGAGCAAGACGUACAACAUUAUCUCAUUAGAGAUUUCUGGAACCGAUCUGGCAAAGAAAGUGAAGCCGCCGAGACUCGUCUCGGAGAUUGAUUGGGUCGACAAUUUCUGGAAUUUUGGACCCGCCGGAAAGAACGCAGCGAAAGAGGCUUCCGAGCAGGCGAGACAGGAAGCUGAGGACGGAGUCGCGACUGCCGCGAAAAGCGAAGCGAAAGGAAAAGCUCCGGCUACAUGGCCGAAAGUGCAGCUGUAUUGCCUGAUGGGCGCGAAAGGAUCUUGGACAGAUUGGCACGUAGAUUUUGCGGCAAGCUCCGUAUACUAUACGGUUCACACGGGUGCCAAGACAUUCUUCUUCAUUCGCCCGACGCCGAAAAAUCUCGCAGCUUACGCCGAGUGGUCUGGAUCGUAUGAGUUGCAGCAAAACACCUGGCUUGGAUCAAUGUGCGAUGAGGUUCGGAAAGUGACCUUGCAUGCUGGCGAUACAAUGAUUAUACCCUCUGGAUAUAUUCAUGCUGUUCACACCCCCGCGGAUUCUAUCGUUUUUGGUGGAAAUUUCCUUCAUUCUUUCAACAUUCAGGCUCAACUCCGUUUACGGCAGAUCGAGAUCGACACGAAAGUUCCUCAACGGUUCCGCUUCCCAUUCUUUGAUCGACUCUGCUGGUAUGUCGCCGAGAAGUACUGCGCCGAGUUGCGGUCGCUUCAUGCCUAUCGCCCGCGCGCGACCGCUCAUGCGCCAACCCCUCCAUCGACGGUGGUACUGGACGGCCUGUAUGCUCUCGCCCAAUUCCUUGUGGACCAAGCGAGUAUACUCGAAGACCCGAGGGCAGAAGACAAGCGGCGCAAGCUCAUACAUGAUCGUAUACCCGCUGAGAUUGUCCACGAUCCAUCUGGCCUUGCGCGAGAACUUUUAUGGAGGGUGCAGAGAGAGUUGCCGCAUCUCGAUGUUCCGGACACUCACCCGCGGUCCGCAGGGGCUAAGGGCAUGCCAAAUGGUACCAAAAAGGGAAAGGGACUGGUGAUGCUGCCAUCCAAGCCGAAAUCGCGGGUUUGGAACUUCACGCCACCGCCAUGGGAGCAGAAUAACCACCCUGUGAAGGAGUCGACGAAUGUACUAUACGCUCCCCGACCUUCAGCAUCAUCACCCGCGCCCGGUAUAGCUCGCUCAUCCAGGAAUGAGAAGGCUGAGGCGACAGUCCAUGUGUACUCGCAAAAUCGGUCACGCGUCAGGGAUCUAGAUGAUGGCAGUACUGUUCUGGAGGAACAGCGGGUUGAAUUCACAGAGAGACGAGUUAUCUGGCUCCCACAACAGGGCUUCAAGCUGGCGGAGCAUGAAGACGUUCCGCUAGGCAGUCAUCAGUCAACUCACACGAAUGGACUGGAGAAUGCAAAGCCGGAUAUGACCGGCACAGAUGCGGCGAACGGAUCGGCGUUGGUAACCGAAUCAAACACCACCGUGCAGGAUGACGGCGGGCUCCCUAUCCACUAGGCUCUGCUUGGUGCUGCAUCAUCGCAGCCAUUUGUACUCUCCAUUGUUCCGAAUCCAGUUGUAAAUCACCGUCUCGUCCCUGCGCAUGACCCAGUCCAUAUGCGCCUCACAUUUAUGCAUACAAGUUGAAUCGAG